UGAAAACACCAAAACAACACGAUACGCGGACAUGUCGCAAUAUAACUAAGCUAGCAUUAGCUUAGCGGCUAGGCUAGCGCAGCCGCAGCGUUGCGAGGUAAAGAUGAGUGAUCAUGGAGGCCAGAGGUGAUGAUGAGGUUGCAGAUGGCCAACAUGUUCCGCCGUCCAGCGCUAAUGCAUGUCCCUCCGAAUCGAGACAGGACAAGUCGACAGAGAACUUGGAUGUGGAUGAGGAUGAUUUGUUCAAACACUCCACCACUCUGACCAACAAGCAGCGUGGGAAUGAGGUUACAGUGCGUCCAGCAACAUUAGACUCUCUGUCUAUACACCAGCUGGCAGCCCAAGGCGAGGUUUCACAAGUGGCCGCACACCUGAGCAAAGACAGUUCGCUGCUCAGCAGACAGGACGAACGGGGCUUCACGCCUCUCAUGUGGGCAGCAGCGUUUGGAGAGAAAGCAGUGGUGGACUUUCUCUUAGAAAAGGGCGCAGACCCCAAAACCAUUGCGAGGGAGCGGGAGAGUGCCCUGACGCUGGCCAGCUCUGGAGGUUACGUGGACAUUGUUGAGUCUCUUCUCAGACAUGGAGUGGACAUUAACACCUACGACUGGAAUGGUGGAACACCGCUUCUUUAUGCCGUACGAGGGAACCAUAUCAAAUGUGUCGAGGCACUACUAGCCAAAGGAGCAGAUAUGACCAUUGAGUCUGACUCUGGGUACAGUCCGAUGGCUUUAGCUGUUGCACUUGGACACAAAAAAAUUCAGAAAGUGUUGGAGGACCAUAUCCUGAAACUCUACAAACCACCGACAUGACACAAGUUAAAAUAAACAAAUAGAGAGGACAGUGACAUAGCUGAUCUCCAAUCAGUUAUGAUGGAUGGUGAGAGGACAAGGAUGUGCGUCACUGCAGCAGAUCAAUACAUAUGUAGAAACAUUCACACAGUAAACGGUGUUUGUUGAUUUCCAAACUGUUUAUUCCAGUUGAAUGCAUUACUUUGUAAGCAUUACAAUGUAAAAAAAAACAAAAAAACAGCAACUUUGUAUGAACAAGGACUAAAUGUGACAGUUGUGCAGCAGCAAGAAAUGGCAGUAAACAUGUUUUAAUAAAAAUUUAUUUUUAUACUGGAA